UUAUGAUAAUUUGGGUUCAGGAGCUUCUUAAAGGGAGUGAGAGGACUUUUCCAAAGUCUCUGUGGGUGGUGCGUUUGGGUUGAGGAGCAGUUGGUAAGGUUCAACCAAAGACAGGAUGAAGACUCUGGUGCUACUGCUGCUUAUGGCUUUGGCCUUGACAUCUACCACAGCACAAAUGCCUCGAAGUCAGUUCACCCGUUACCGCUCAUGGAACUCCCGCAUGUAUCCCGUUUGGAAGGAUGGAGACCCCAGAUUCAGAAAUUGCUGGUCUGGUGGUCCAGUCACAUUUGAUCUGAAGAACGAUGCGCCCACGCUGCUCGGAGCAAAAUCAACCUUUAGUAUUAAUCUUGUUUUCCCACCAAACCAAACUGUGCUUGCUGAUGGGCAGGUGGUCUGGGCACAAAACUGCACAAUUGAUGGUCAACAGUAUCAGGCAGGCCAGGCUGUGUAUCCAGACCAAAGUAAUGAGUUGACUGGGGUCUUCCCUGAUGGCACGCCUUUCACAAGGACCCGGGACAGGAAGCCCCGCUAUGUGUAUGUUUGGAAGACAUGGGGAAAGUACUGGCAGGUGGCAGAUGGACCCUCCUCUUCGCUCACCAUCUCAACAGAUGAUGUCUCCCUGGGCUCCUACAGCAUGGAAGUGAUCAUCUAUCACUGCCGCGGAAAAAACAAGUUCAUUCCCCUUGGCUACGCCUCCACCAUCUUCACCAUCACGGACCAAGUUCCCUUCACUGUAUCCCUGGCUCAAGUCAAUGACAUCAACCAAGACGACUCCAACUUCAUCCAGAACCGGGCCAUUGCGUUCAGCGUGAAUCUUCAUGAUCCCAGCCAGUACUUGAGUAGUGCUGAUAUCACCUUUAGUUGGGACUUUGGAGACAGCACCGGAACGCUGAUCUCCAGGGAGCGCACUGUCACACACACAUACCUGGCAGUCGGGACCUUCAAACCACAAGUGGUCCUGAUGGCGAGCAUCCCCACUGGUUGCGUAAACCCCUCAGCUGGAGUUCCUGUUGCAUCUGCUAUACCGGCUGUAGUUGUGACCCCAGCAGCCGACCCAGCGGCGGCAGAUAUACCUGCCCCUGACACUGACCCAGCAGCAGCAGCCGAUGCGCCUGUCCCUGACACCACUCCGGUCGAGGCCUCUGUGCAGCCGGCCGCAGCCGCCACUAACACAGACGACGCAGAUGCCGCAAUUGAUGGAGGGACGGAGGAUUUGGAAGCUGUCUCGGCAGCACCUGCACCAAUUGAGGCAGCCGUUGCUCCAGCAGAACAAGAUGCAGCUGCCACUCCUGCUCCGGCCCCAGAGGUUGACGAUGCUGCUGAGGAUGCUGAUGGCAGCGAGUUGGCAACCGCUGCACCUCUUCAACCCGAAUCUGAAGAUACAACAGAGGUUGAAACUGCGGCUGUGGAUGAAACUGCAGAGAAUGUGCCCGAGGUUGCCGCAGAUGCUACCGUCGCCCCAGUCGCAGAGGGAGAAGAAAUUGCAGUAGAUGUAGCAGCUACAGUCCUCCCAGAAGCCGUUGUCACUGAAGUAACAAUAGUGGCAGAAGAAGAGGUGGCUGCUGCUGCUGAGGAUGCUGCAGAGGUGGUCCAAACUGAAACAGCCCCUGCUGAGAAUGUUGUAGUCGCCGCAGCCACUGAGAGUACCACUGCAGAAGAAGCAGAGGCAGCUGAUGCUGAGGCAGAAAUGACUCAGACUGACAAUGAUGUUGCCACUGUAGCUCCAGAAGCCGGCGAUGAAGAGGUUCUAACCGAAGGGGAAGUUCAAGCUGAGGUUGAAACAGAUCCAGCACAAAUUGCCCUUGUGGUGGUCAAAAGACAAGCACCGGAAGUUUCAGCCAACUGCAUGGUCUACCGUUAUGGCUCCCUCGCCACCUCUGUCGACGUCGUCCAGGGUAUUGAAAGUGUCGAGAUUGUACAGAUGUCUAAUGUUGUGUCACUGUCCACUGAGCUGGCUCAGAAUGCUGUGGAUAUCACUGUGAGCUGUCAAGGAAGUCUACCAAGUGAGGUCUGCACAGUCAUUUCGGAUGCUGACUGCAUCACACCAGUGGAUACUGUCUGCAGCGCGGCCACACCCUCUCCUGACUGCCAAAUGGUCCUUCGCCAAUUCUUCAAUGACUCUGGCGUUUUCUGUCUCAAUGUCUCCUUGACCAAUGAUGUCAGUCUCGCCAUGACAAGCGCUCGUGUCAGCGUGGCACUGGCCUCUGGUGGUUCCCCAGCUGGAACUGCUGCCAUCAUCCUGGGUGUGAUGGUUAUUGCCUGCGUGGUCUGCUGUAUCGGGUUGAUGUAUCGGCGGUUCAAGCAGUACCAGCCCAUGACAGAAGACAACAAUGGCGGCAGCUCUGCAGUAACAUCAGUGCCUUUGUUGCUGUGGAACUUGCUGAUGCGACAGUCGCCUGGAGAAAGCCGCCCACUGCUUCAGGGGAGGAUUGUGUGAAUUGGAACACCAUUAUGCACCAAAUGUCUGAUUAACAUAUACUUACCUAUAUGUACGCCGUGAUCAUGUUGAAAUAAAUGACAGCCAACCACAUUGUGAAGAUGAAAAAAUAAUUUUGGUGUCUGCGAUAUAUAUUUAGACUUAUAAUAUUUGUAUACACUUUCCAUUAUUUUUGUCCUUCUGGUAUAUAAAACCACAAUUGGAAAAUCAAAAUUUGCUCAUUUGCUUCCAAAUGCUCCCGUAUCACAGAGCGCUGGUGUUGUGACGUGAAUAAAAUGGAACUUUACUACUUUAA